AUGAAGUUCUUGGACCAACUCAAAUUACUCGUAUGGAAAAACUUUACGCUUCGAAAGCGUCAGCACGUAAGUAUUAAACAGAAAUUCACGCCUAUUAAUGGCAUUUUUUCAUAGCGCGCCUGAUGUUUUGUUCAUCGAGGAUAUGAUGUGGAUGGAUACCUAAGUUUCUUGCAGGGAAAAAAAUUUAAACCCUUUGCUUUAUUUUCAUUCUUUGGGGCAGCUGCGUUCCUUGCAAACUAUCGAUCGCCACAGGUACCUGCGUUCGUUACCUUGGGUUCUUGUUUCGUCAGAAAUUGUCGUCCUUUUUGUGUAAGAAAGUCGCAGAUUAUCUCUCUUGCCUUACAGCUGUGAUGAGCUCGUUUCAAGACACUUUUUUGAACACAUGACUUAAGAAUGCGAAAGAUGUUGUAAAGUGAGGAUUCGUUCUGGUAAUUUUGUGCGAUUUUCACUUAAGCACCUUUCUUGUUUUGGUCUACAGCGUUUCUGCCAAUUAGAUCAAAGCUCUUUGUUUACAACUUGAGCGAGACUUGUAUGUCGGCGAAGCAGUGUCAUUUUUAUUCGUUCCAUAUCGUAUAUUUUAUUUAGGAAAAUUAAACUUUUGAAGUUGAAGAUUCCGAGUAAAGGAUUUAGGCGUUUUUCCUCGUGCACCGUCCAUUUCAGGACUGUGACGUAGCCAAGUAUCAAAUGACGUAUAUUUGGACAAAUAUUGCAAACCGCUUUCGAUUUACCUUCUACGAAAUGUUUUACCAUUAUUCUCAAUUGCUUAGCGACUCAGGGUAAAGUUUUUAAAGGAAAAAACUUUCAUCGAUUUUAACUUUAACUUGGUGAAAAUAGAUUACACAUUGACUAACUGAGCCGAAAAUCUGCAACUCGCUACUGUGAUGGAACAGUUUCACUAUUGAAAACCAGACUAGUUAAUCCCGUCGUUGCUUGAAGGAAGUUGCUUUAGUUAAAAGCAAAUCUUGGAUUUUACUUUUUUAGAGAGGAAAAACGUACCAGUACCAGUAAAAUACCAACUGAGUAUUCUAACAGCUUUUUAUCAUAGCAUUCUUGAAGUAUUGCCUCUGCAUAUUCAUGAUAAACUCACCUCAACCAACUUAUAGUUGAGAAGCGUUAGUUCCAUGAAAUUUCUUAAAUAAAGGUGUGGGCACCCAGAGCCAUAAAGUUAAUUGGCGGUUGAUUUAUCAAAUAUUGAAAGAUUGACUAGUUUUGAGUUUUUUUUUUUUUUUUUUUUUGGUCCUUGAUUUAGCAGAUGUUUUUUGUGUUAGCUUGCAUGCUAUGCCACUUGAACCCCUUCCUGUUGUGGAACUGAAAGAGAGAGCAAAAGCGGAAAGAUGGGAGAAAAGAUUAAGAAGUAGAUAUUGCACUUUAGUUUUUAUGAAAGCCUUUCUUGGGUGAAAAAAUUGUAAAAUUGACUGAAAUAUGGUCAGCAAUGACUUGUUAGUGUAAAUGAUAAGAUAGUAUUACUGACUUUUUAAGGAGAUGACAUUCUAGAAUGUGUAAGAUUUAUUAGCAGUCACUCAAAGAAGUUGCUUAAGGAGGAAGACAUCCUGAUCAUGCUUGAACUAUUGUGGAUUCUAGUUCAUCUAUGUUCCUCUUCAUUAACACUUUUUAAAAAUAUGUUCCACUACUUGAAUGGUGGAGUUUAGGGUGCAGUUGUCUCAGAUGUAAUCCCAAAUCAUUUCUAUUUGUAAUCAACACAGACAAUGUUUAUAUUGUGAUGCUAUAAAUGAAACAUUGAUGAUUGUUAAUGAUAACAAACUAUAAUUACUAUGUGGUACAAAUAAUUCCUUGACGUGGAAGUUUAAAAGUAAUCGUUCUCUUUCUAGAUCAGUAUAUAUGUGUAUAUAUGUAAAUGAAUGUGGGGGUAAAGUUUACCUUGGCAUAAAGUGCUCAAUGCUGUGGUAACAGAGCUAAGUAUACAGAAGUUAAAGAAUUAAAGAGGACGCAUUGAUUCUCUGUGACUCUGAGUUUCGUGCCUAAGUGCUCGUCAGACAGAACUUAGGAACUUCGCUUAAGCGCAAAACUCAGAGUCACAGAGAAUUGAUGCAUUCUCUUUAACUCUUUAACUUAUGUGUAUAUAUAUAUACAUAUAUAUAUAUAUAUAUAGAUAUUUAGAUAGAUAGAUAGAUAUCUGAUACAGUAGCAAAUGAAAAAUAUGAAGGUUUGAAUUAUUAGCUGAGGAAAAGAUUGGACCAUGAUGUGUACACUUACAGUUUGUACUUAUACAGUGUUCUUAAGGUUUAGUCUAUAAAAAUAUUUACAAAGUUUUCAAUUCAUACCUUCAAUGUUUUGGAAUGUUACUUUCAUUUUAAGGACUGCUUGGGUUAAAUUUUAGUUUUAACUGAUUGUCUAGUAUGAAUCAUUGUAACGCAAAAUGUUUACAAAAACUAAAGGAAUCUAUUCAUAAUUAUUCUAGAUAAAAGUGGCCCUAAUUUGUGCUUUGACUGAUUUAAACCCCUGUGUCGAAGAUCAACCUAGUACUGUUGCCCUUGGCUGAUAUUCAUAAGAAAGACACACUUGUACAAUGUACUUGUAUGCCAGCUGAUAUUUCACAAUUAUGCCCCUGUCAGUGUGCCUUUUGGCCAUAAACUGUACAUUAUCAACAGUAAUUCUCUGAAAUGCCUUAUUAAUAACUGUGUUUACUUUAAUCCUAGGAAUAAGUUUUGUCUCUGAUUGAUAAAGUAGUCUAUUUUAGUGUAGAUCCGUAACAAGGCAGCUGCAUGUUUUUAAUCUUCUUUAGGUGAUUAGGUUGACUGGUUUUCUCUCACCUUGUGAAGCAUUAAGUUUUUUGUGGUUUAAGUCCAAGUUAUCCAGGAUAAACUUAGUUGACUAUAUCAAAGACACACAUUUACCAGAAUGCUUUUAACAAUAAGGUUUUUUUUCAUUCAUUGCAAUGGUAACUAUUACCUUUUAUUUUACCUUAUAUACAUUAUUCAACAAAGAAUUUGUAGAUCACUCAAUGGAACUGAAAUUAUGUUAAAAGCAGUAUGUAGAAAAAAACACUGAUUUAAAUGUUGAAAUGAGUACACUAAAGGACCCUUGUUUUUUAAUUUGAGGUUUUAUAAAGAUGUGAUUAAGCAAAUGAUAGAACUACGUAUAUAAUGUGCUAGUUAAAACUUAAUUGACAUUUAGUUAUUGUUUGUUACGCAUAAUAAUCACCACCCAUAGAUAAUACUUCUCUUGUUUUGAUGAAUGUAUUAUAUAUUAUGGAAAUUAAGAGUUAAGUUGCAAGUAUUAAUUAACUGUUCCAUUGUUUACUGAUUUCAGCUGAGAAAUUUGGUGGAAAUUGUUUGGCCACUAGUGCUCUUUAUAAUUCUGGUUGCAAUACGUAAUCGUAAAAAUUAUGGUGCUACAAAUAUGCCUGAUAGUAAGUAUAAAAUAUUUUUUACUCUCACUGACCUUUAAAUAAUUAUUUCACUUUACCAGACAGUGACAUUCUGCAAGUUGUGAUUCAUGGUUGAAAUAUUUUCAAUUGAAACUUGGAUAAUUUUUUUUUUAGAGUUUGAUAAUGUUGUCAGACAAAAGAAGAAGUAAUUAAGAAAGAUGAUUUUCAUCUUGUCACAAUUGUGGGACAAAGAAAAAGUAGUCAAACUGGUAAAAAUUAAAAAAUUGAACUGGGCUGAUACCAUAAAUUGGCCCUUGUUCAAUGCCAAACACCUGAAAUAUCAUUCAGCUUUAAAAACUAUUUAUAGUGGCCAAUUUAAAUAUAUCAACUUGGUUGAUAAAACCACAAUAGCUUGUUACACCCCCCACUGAAACAGCGCCACAGUUUUUAUUACUAGAGACUUAUUCCUAUAAAACAUUUUUAUUUACUCUGUUUUGUCAACUUUGAAUGUUUUUUGUUUGUCUUUGUUCAAUUAAUAGGUAUUUACAGACCACGUGCCCUUCCAUCAGCUGGUUUUUUCCCAUUCGCAAGGUCAUUUUUGUGUGACUUUAAAAACACAAAAACAAAUGAUCCUGAUGAGCUGCUGAAUGGAUUGCCAAAUCUGAGAAGUUCAAGGUAGGCAGGCAUAAUUAUUUUGGUCUAGAACUACUAAGAGAAAGACAAGUCUUACAGGGUUGUUGCCAAGCGCCCGCUCUCUGCAAGUUGGCUGUCUGAAAAACAGGUGCUAGGUGGCUGGAUUUUGGUGCAGGAUUACUCAGUAAGGAAAAAUUUGCUGGCAAAAUUUGCUUGCUUGGAAAGAGAUGAUAGCUGGCUGGAAUUUUUGGGCAGCUGUUACUUAGUUUUAUCAGAGUGGUAUGACUGUUGUUGGGUAAGGGGAAGGGGUAAGUGUGUAGUAGCUCAGACGCUGACAUUGUUCAGAUUUUGUGAAUAUGAAAGCCAUCUUUUCAGUAAUGAACACUACUUGAGCAGUAGUGAAAGUAAGGCCUGAAUAAAAAUUCAGGCCUUUAUGGGAACUCAUGACCUCUGUGAUACCAAUGCAGCACUCUGCCAACUGAGCUAAUAGCUAACUGGGAGCUGGUCAUUAUGUUGAUUCCAAAUAAACCAGUGAAGUGGCGAAUAAACGAUUAUGAAUAUAUGAAAGUCGUAUAUUUGAAUUGCGGAUUAACAUGUGAAUAUGAAAGCGAUCUUCACAGUAAUGUAUAUUUAUCACUUAUGAUCUGAGAAACAACUAUACCCAUACCUAAAUUUUAAACCUACGCAUAUUUUAAAACAUGCAGACUACAUGUAGACAACUGUUAAACAAGCUUUUUACCAAAUUAACUUGACACUGAGUUUCUUUUCAUUUACAGUUUGGGUAGAUUGAUUGAGGAUGCCCUUCCUCUUAUGGCAAACAGCACAGUUAGAGAAAGAAUUCUUAGAAUUAAUUCAGAUCGCUCAAAUUUUGAGAGGGAUUAUCAAGCUUGGUCUGACUUAGUGAGAUCUAGGCAACUACAGUGGCGUGGAUAUAAUCUAUCAGGUAUUGAAAAUUCCUCAGCAACGAGAACAUACUGUCUUAAAAGAUUGACCUGAUGUGGGAUAAAAUUUUCUGCAAUAGAGCAUCCUUUGUCAUAAACAAGGUCUUGUUUAAGAAAAUUUACUUGAUAUGCUCUGAGUCUCUUUACAUCAACCUUUGUGUAGACAUGAUUAUUUAUUUGGACAAAUCAUUGUUCUCCCUUAUCAUGGGUAAAUGAAAUUUUCAAACUGGUAAAGCAAUCCUUUUACCUGUUGUAUUUUCAAGAAUUUCUAACAGUUUUAGGCAGUAGUUACAAGAGGUUUAAUAACUGCAAGAUAUAAAUGUUACUGAUAUUGCCGAAAAAGGAGAACAUUGCAAAUGUUACAGAUGAUAACAGUGUUUCCUUUUUUUAAUUAAAAUUGUUAAUAACUAUUACUAACAAUAACUUUAAUUUGGAAUUACAGUAUUAUCUACAUGUAGUGAACUGAAAAGGUAAUAACUGAAAGCAACUGACAAUGACUAUUAGUCACAAGGUAGUGAAGCUAAUGUUGGACAUCCCAUCCUCUGGAAUUUUUUGUACAUUAGAUUGCAGUUAGAGGAGUUGCAUCAUGUUGGACCUGGUGUGGUUUUUUUUAAUCAUUUUUUUUUUAUAUAGCUGUCCCACUUGACCAGUUACUGAAGGAUCCUGCUGAAUUUCAGGAAUUUCUUUACAACAAAACUAAUCUCAGCCCAAAAGUGAUAUCAGAGCUCUUAAGUAGCACAGUGAAUGUGCAAAAGGUAAGCACAUGUAUGCAGUUGUUGGAAGCUGUGUCAAACUUUGGAAUGCAGCACAUUUUAGGUUUGAGUCAUUGGUAUAUACCACAUCAGUGCAUAGCACUUUUUUUGAGCACACUGAUUGGCCAGUUCAGAAGUGAAUAGCAAGUACUAUUCACCCUGAGUAGCGGAUGUGACAAAAUCACGCCUAAAGAGUUUAAUUUCCAACAAUUUGUCAGUAUGUUGAAAAAUAUAAACUUAUUUUUUGGUAUCUGUGUGGUAUAUAGUAAGAAAUUAUUCGCCUUAGUAUUCGUAAAAGUGGUAGAUAUUUGCCUUGCUGCUUUGCAGCUUGGUAAAUCCCCACCACUAUUCACCUGCAUUUUGGUGAAUAACUGUUAAUUAUUGAUAGUUAUGAUAAUUUUUGUAACUCCAUGAUUAAAGUCUCCUCUUGUAAGCCUGUGGGUUUGACCUUACUGUUUUAAACCUUGGCUACAUGUUUCAGGAUUGAAACAUGUGGCCAGGGUUUGAAAAAUCUAUCAAGGUUGAAAAAUCCAUGAGGCUCCAGUUGAGCUUCCAAAGUAAUCUGUUGUUUCAGGGGUGAUUGUGAGGAUUUACAACAACCUAAUGUCCAAAUAAUUCAACUGACCUGUUCUUACACUUGCAUGGAAACUGUUAAGCAUCAUCCCUCACUUGACACCUAACUACAGAUAAUUAGUAAUAAAGCCCCUCUCCUUGACAAUUCUUCAAUAAGGGCUUAACCCUGAAAAUUCUCAUGAGUGACCAAGACAGAAUUUCUCGUCAUGAUAUCAAUACGAUAUCAAGUAGAGAAGUAGUGAGGAAAUAUUUCAAUAAUGGAAUACUUAUAAGUUGAUCCAAUACCAAAUUAUCCAAACUAACAUGGUAAGAAUGGUAUGGCAAACAGUAAUGAGAAUUACUAAUGAGAUCUUGGGAGUGUACAGGGUUGAUACUGAGAAUGCUGUGUUGGAGGGCCUUCUUUUUUGUCUUUUUCAGAUUGCAGAAUUUGCUCAGCCAUAUAUGAUGUCAACACCAGACUCAUUAUCAUGGCCACCUCAAAAUCCACUCAGCUACUUUCCAUUCCUGUCAUCUGGUGAAAGCCAACAAAGGAACUUACUUUGGGCUCUGCUUUUAUGGAGAAUUGAAAAUAGUCUUAGGGUAUGGAAAGAAAAAGUUGAUUUUUAGGUUUAGAUUGUUUAUUUUGUUUGGUGGAAGGUUUCUUGUUGUUGUUGUUGUUGUUUUUUUUUAAAUUUUUUUACUUGUCUCCUCAAUAGGUACUCAGAUUUUUUGUAAUUGUACCAAGCUCACACCAGACAUCUUACAUUCGUCAGAUUAAUUAUUGUUCUUAAUUAAAAUUGAAGGAUUUAUUAGUUACAUUAAGUGUUAAAUUUCAAUUUUUAAAAGGAAAAGGUAAUGGUGAAGAUAGAGUUGUUCAUCUGGAGUUGGAGUUUUGAGAAUUCUCUAGCAACUUUGCAAAAGUGCCUGGUUAAAAUUUGGUGUUCCAGGAAACUUUUCUAUAUAUUCACAGUCAUAUGAAAGAAUAUUUUUGCAUGACUUUAAACAGUUCUGAAUUGUUCCUGCUUCUAAGGUUCUUAUUAAAAAAUGGCAGAGUGUGCUAUCCACUGGAUAAAUCACUUUGUAGAGGUUAUCAAAGUAUUGUUUGGAAACACUUUACCCCUGGAUAGCAAUUUCUUUGUUGGGUAGCAUUAUAACUGCCCUUUGAACAACUUGGACCUGGAAAAUUUCUACUACAUUCUAAAAAUGUACCUAAUAGCAGUGAUAAGUUAUUUAACUAUAAAUUUUCAUGUUGUAAUUUGCAGUCUGAAGGAGCAGUCAGUGGCAGUCUUGUGAGGCAGGUCAUAUGUGAUGCUCAAUCUCCAGUGAAUCUUGGAGAAAUUCUCAGUGGCCCUGGAAAUGUGGUAUGUUGAUUGUAAGCAACUACCUGCUGGUCUCCAUUAGCAAGUAUAUUGUUAGUAGUAAAUCGCACAAAGCCGAUAGAUGGGUAAUUUUUUUGAUGGCAUCAUUUUGCUAACUGCUAAGAAUGGAUUGAUUGUAGUAAUCAAUAAAGGAUUAACUCUGUAACUUCCAGAAGUGAUUAACAUGUAACUUCUCCCUAUAAUAUUCAUACCUUAUCCAGCAAAGAGAUAAUGAGAAUUCUCAAACUUAUCAAUUAGAGAUUGUUGUCUUGAUCUUACACCAAAUUCUCAUAGCUAAGUUACAGGGAAAUGUGUAGCAGCUAGAGGGGAGAGUUAGCUAUCAGAUCUUGGCAGUUAAAGGAUAAGUGAACCUUUAACUCCCAUAAGUGACCAAGACAGAAUUUCUCCUUACAGUAUCAAUAUCAAUAUCAACCAAGUGAUGAGAAAAAAAAAACACAUAAAUCUGGAGAUAAUUAGUUGAUCCAAUACUAAAUUCUCUGAACUAAACACUAUAAGAAUUGUAUGAUUGAAAGUAUGGAGAAUUACAAAUUUGAUCUGGGAGGUAAAGGAUCUAUAGAGUCAAUGUUGCUGUGCAUCUGUUCAGUAAUCAGUUGACGUAAGAACAAAAAGUGGCCCACAAGGCACAGCCUUGUGUAUCAGUGAUGUUCUUACUACAUUUAGACAUAUUUUAAUUGAUUACAGUACAGACCCAUGACAACAUGGAAUUAUUUUUGUUUUACAUGAUAAAAAAGCAAAAUGAUGAUAAUGGUAAUGUCAUCCAUGCUUCUAUCCUCCAAUAGAUCACGUGCAAGAACCAAUAAAAAAGCAUGUACAAUUCAGCUUAUGAUAUAGUUUAAUUAUUUUUUAUUUUUGUUUUGAACAUUGCAGACUGAGGUGAAGACAGCUUUGUGCAAACUGAAUAACACUGUUCUUGGUGAACUUGGAAGUGAAUUACAAUCUCAGAUUAAAGUGCCAAAUGUCACAGACCUUCAGGUAUUGCAACCUGAAACAUUCCUCUUGACAAAUGUUACUGUCUGUGCUAGAUUAUUAAUUUCAAUAGUACACAAGGUACAAUCUGCAUCUAAAGGAUGCUCAGGGAAAAGUUGCUGACAGAAUGAGGAUGCAAUUUAAAGAUGAGGAUGCAAUUGAAAGAUUAGCAAAAUGGGACUGUACUUUUUGAAGCCAUAAGAUGGUGACUCUAUACCAAAUAAAAUUUAUGAUCUGUUGUAGUUUCCCUGAGACCUUCUUUAUAGACUUUUUACUUCCAGAAGUGAUAAUAACAUGUAACUUCUUGCUAUAAUAUCCAUACACUAUCCAGCAAACAGGUAAUGAAAAUAAUCAAACUCAUCAGGUAGAAAUUGUUAUCUUGAUCUAGAGGGGAGAAUUAACAGUCUGGUAUUGGGAGUUAAAUUAUUAAAUCCUGUUUGAUGUUAUUUAAUUUGAAUUUGUGUUUUUGUUUAUUUUAUUAGAGUUACAGAGGAAAUUUGACAGAUGUGCUUAACUCCUUAACAAAUGAUUAUCGGAAUAUUGCUGAAGAUGUAAGUAUAUAUUGACCUAUAUUUGAUUAAUGGUCUUCUUAAUAACAAUUGUAUAAAUAAAUUAGUUUCAAUAUUUAAAAACGAGCAGGAUUUUAUCUUUAAAACCACAAGCUCAUUGACCUGGUUGAACGGCUAAAAACAUUCUUGGAAAAGCGUGUGUCAAGAGAGUUCAUAACAAUUAUGCUUUUGGGAACGUUAUGUGUAUGUCCUUAUAUCUGAUAAAACACUGCAUACUAAUAAGGAUGAGGUUUAUCGAUAUAAAGUCACUGCACGUGAUGUAUUAUCUACCAUUUGAUAGGUUAAUGGGCUUAUGAAUUAUUAAUGAGUUUUUGAAGGUAUUGAUAACACCACAAUACUCUGAGUAAUUCCAUAUGUAUUCGUGAUUCCAAUCCAUUCCAUACAGUACUGCUCAAAAGUAAGUUGACAGCCCCUCAAAAUUAGAACCUUGUUCCUUAAUUCUUGAUUCUUAAAAACCUUCAGGAUCAAAGCUCCAGUUGAGCUUCUGAAGUGAUCUGCUGUCAUUCUGUUGUUUCAAGGGUGACUGUGAGGAUUUACAAUAACCUAAUGUCCAAAUACUUGAACUGAAUCUUUCUUCCACUUGCAUGGCAACUGUUGAGCAUCAUUCCUUACUUGACAUCUGAGUACAAAAUGACCAUCAUUCUUAAAACACUUGAAAUAAACACUGCUGUCAUCCUAGUCUCAUUCAACACUUUUACCACUUAUUUACUCAGUUGUAACUCUUUACACCCUAACAUCAGUUUGCAUAUUCUCCACACUUUUCUUGAUACAUUUCCUGAGGUGUUGACAAGGAGAAUUUGUUUUCCAAUCAUAAGGUUCCUUCCCUGGUGACCAUUUCCUUUAUUCUCAUGACCUUAAUGUGUGAUUUUAGGAGGGAUAUUGUAGGGAGAAAUUAGAUGCUAGUCACUCUAAGGGUUUAAAGGGUUAAUUGUACUUGAAUUCACUAGCAGAAAGUGGUUAUUUAAUUUGUAAGUAAUUUGUAAGUAAGUAAGUAAGUAUGUCUUCAUUUAAUGAAGGUGACACACGAUUGUUAAAAACAUAUAAGCUAGUGGCCCUCAAAAAAAAAUACGUAUAUAUCUAUACAAAAAUUAAAUAAUUUAUAUAUAGGUUUAAGAAUCAAAUUUAAGUGGGUUAUUCCAAAAGUUUAAAAAUAUCAUAAAAACAGUAAAAAAGUUACAUUUGAUUAAAAUCUGCAAUCUUUUUUUAAAUUUAUUUCCAGGUUCAAGCCUUAGAAUCUCUCUCUCAAGUCUCAAGGGACUAUUUUUAUCUUAUGCAAGAAUUUAAUGACAGAGAUAAUGGUGGAGGUUUCCGAGAAACACUUUGUGGUAAUGGUCGCAGUCUGCCUGAGGACGAUGGUACUGGAAGUGGCGGUGGAUCGAAUGGAAGCCAGGGCCAGGGCUGGCAACAAGCCCCUCUUGGAUUGUUGGCAGCCGCGUGUGGCCAAGAUUUGCCGAAUGGUACUUUUGAUGAUGUUCCACCUGGCGUCAAUCCCAUAGACUAUUAUUUGAAUAUGACGCAGAAUAUGAAUUUGGCCCGAUAUGAUGAUGAUGAAGAAGAAAAUGCAAAAAGGAAAGCUGAUGAAAAGUCUUGCUCAAAUCUUACAUCUGUUUACGACAAGUAUAAUGUCACUGGGGAUAAGGGUGAGUGUUACUGCUUUUUCUUUGCUUAUUUUCUAGGUAAUUUGUUGAAGUUAACUCUCAAACAGGGCUUGACGGUUUAACUUUGUCCAAUCGUCGACUACAGGACAUUGCCAUAUUAAUUUUUAAAGCUAUAAACGGCAUUUUACCGGAAUAUUUAAGCGACUUGUUUGUCGUACGUAAUAAUGUGACAAAUUUUAGGGGGUACACUAACAAGCUCGUCGUCCUGCGUAAGAAAACUGCAAACUUUGGCUUAAAAUCUACAUCUUUUAUUGGUGCCAAUAUGUGGAAUUCCUUUCCGGAUGAAUUGCGCUUAACGGCAAUUCUUAAGGAAUUUAAGAAUGCCGUAAAAGAGUUACAUUUGUCUUGUACAAUCUUCUAAGAUUUCCCCACUGUUAUGAUUUUAAGAGUUAGGAUUGUUUACUUAAUAAAAGUUGUAAGAAAGUUAGUGAUUAACUGAUUAUUUUUGAUAUCCUGAACUUUUCCUUUUUCGUUAUUUUCUUAUUAGCAUGUACUGCUAGGGGCUUCAUCAGCCUCAUCAACCCGAGUUGAAAUAGUUACUUACUUUACUUUACUAGAGCUUGAGUCUCGUGUGAUAUAAAAACAUAUUCCGAUGUGCGAGCGGCCCGUGUAUUAAAAGAGAAGUGACAUGCAAGCGCUUUGUCCAUCGAUAUUGCUUUGCAUACGAGUAUCGUUUCCUCGAAACUACGAAUGAAGAUCCUCAAAAAGUUCUUUGUUCGUGUCAAUCCUCGAUCUUUGAUAGUUAAAGCAUUAUAAUUAAUUUAGUAGUAUCAACCGAGUUGGUAACGUGAAUUGGCCACCGUGAAGAGUUUCAAAGCUGACGUUUCGAGCGCAAGCCCCACGUCAUUCGCCCUGAAGAUAGGCUAACGCUCGAAACUUCAGCUUGAAAAAAUUCUUUAUGGUGACCAAUUUAAGUUAUCAACUUAGUUGACUAUAUUUAAUUAGACUGUUAUACUCUCCCACCGACGCAGCACCACAGUUUCGUCAGAAACUCACCCCUUUUAUUCUAUUAAUUACAUGACGAUUUUCUCGGUUUUUAUGAUACUUUCUUUCCAGACUCUUGUACAGUCAUUGAUCCAAAGUGGCGAGUUGACUGUGGUUGGCCAGGCAUCUCAGCGGAACAAUGCAAACGAAGGGGUUGCUGUUUUGAUUCCUCGAAACCUGGAACUCGCUUCUGUUUCUAUAAAGCUGGUAUGUUGUACAAAUCUAGAGCUUAAUUAAAGAAAUCACAACGGCCAAUGAGAACUCUCAGUGAAAACAACCAUACAGCCUUAAGGGCGGGAAAGCGCGGGCGACCAAGUCGUGAUUGGUUUUUUGUUUUGAAUCUGAGUGGUCAAGAGGGUGGCACGAAUUCUCUUGACCAAUUACAGAGCGAAAAUAAAACCAACGUAAUCACUCUAUAUAUCUAUUUCCUUUUGGUGAAUCGUCCAAGACGCUGUAAACUGUGAAGUUCCUAUGUGUUAAUAUAGUGUUUCACUCAAAGCUAAUCCCCUGUAAUGUCCGUUCACAGAGGACGCGGGAUGUAACUGUUAUUUAAACCAGUUCGUACGCAGUGUGGGCGGCGUAACCGGAAACGCAGGUCAAGGGGAUAGAGACUCGGGAUUUGUUCAAUUCAGCUCAUUGUUCUUAAAGGGAAAGAUCCUGUACACUCCUGAUAACAAUGUGACCCGUUAUAUCAUUCAACAGGUGAGAUUUUAAUGUAAUCUUGUAAAAGAGAAGUAUGCUACUUAAUUUAUCCUAAUAAGGAUCAAUGUCAGUAGCUGAGCAGCCGCACACCAAACCCUCUCCUAAGCCAACAGCAGUCAAAUGAUAACAAGCUGGGGUUGAUGUUGGUUUAGGGGAGGGAUAGGUGGGCAGUUGCUCAGGUAAUAGCAUUGAUCCGCUUAAACUGACUUCGGACGUCGCCAUUUGGAAGUUUGCUCAGCAACCUGGUUUUUACCAACCAGCUCUCUCGGUAAUUAGUGGUAUCAGUUAGAAGCUUUCCACUUUAGCCAUAGCAGGAGGUGUUUGCGAACUGCGCUUGGUGGUUUUUCGUGUGCAGUAGGCUAUACAUAACACAACUGUGGGAAUUAUUACUUAAGCUUUAAUCGGACUGAUAUAUUACAUGCUAUAAUUUACAGAUAAAGAAUGAGCUGUCUGAUAUUACUCGGAUACGAGACUUUGCCUCCUGGUGGGUGAAUAAUUCAGACUAUAUCCACAAGAGUGUUUUGAAUUACACUAACCUGCUCAAGAGACCACUGGACUCGGUAUGGAAAAAUUGUUUAAUUUUUUCUAGCUAUAAACGCAUUUCUUCCCUAGCUGGUUGACGGUUUAGCCUUCUUCUGGUAUGCGAUCCUGGUUAAGUGACCUGGGAUUUCUUUGCUUUUUCUUAAAUGAUUUCGCUCUCUCGUUGGUCCAGAAAAGUCAUGCCAUCCUCUUAACCAAUCAGAUUCAAAUCUAAAACCAAUCACCGCUUGAUCACUCACGAUUUCCCGCGUUUCAGGCUGUUUACUGGGUUAUGAUUUGAGCGGCUCUGAUUGGCUCCUGAUAGAUUUUUUUUGUACUGAUUGGCUGAUGGGAUUACCAUUGGUUUCGUAUACUCAAUUGAAGUGUGCUCCGAAGUCACACGAGUGAUUGGAAAAAAACAAUAAUGGUAAUAACAAUAAUAUUAAUAACGAGGAAAAAGUAAAAAGAUGACGGCAAAUUACUUGUUAAUCAGCCUAAUUAUUUUAAAGCUGAUUGGAGGAAUUAAAGCCCUUUUACCAACUAAAAAAAAUCAGCAAAAUUUAAAGGCAAACUAUACAUAGGUGAAACGCAAUUAUGAAGAGAAAUGUAACAAUUCUCUUUUUUCACGAGAGAAUUAACGGCGCGUGUGAUUGACGUAUACUACACGCGAAUAAAACACACCUGUUGCGGAACCGUCCGUCACUAUACAAAGGGAGAAAUAACAAUGUAUUUCAUUUAAUUGUGAUCACAUUCCUUUGCGAAAGCAAAGAACCUACCUAAAUUUGGUUUCCCUCUAACAUGUAGCGUCGUAGCUCAGUUGUUAGUAACGCCCAAAUAGUGUUUUUGAGGCACCGGUUCAAAUCCCGUCGAAGCACGAAUUUUUUCAAGUUUCUUUUCUGCAAUUUCGGCUCACUUGUAAGGAUCGUUUCUUUGCUUGGAGCAAUAGGUCUUACGCAUACUCGUUUGACCAGCGGUUGUGGCUGUUAACGAAUAUUUCUAUCUAGAAAGCUCGUUGUAAAUUAUAUUUAUGAUGGGAUCGUAUAUCUUCCUCCCUUUUUAGAGGAUUUGUGAACUAUCGAAUGUCCUGAGAACUGGAGCAAACCCAGACUGGUCUGAGGUGUCUUUGAACUUGUUAAAUUCUUCUGCUCGUCGUAACAUUACGAUAAUACCAGAAUCGUUUAAUGUCACCACUGUGCUGAAUAGCUUGGAUCAGUUGUUUGGAACGAUCCUGAGAGUAUUUAAAUGCGCAUCGCAUGAGUACUUUGAAGGUUAUAAAGAUGAAGAUUCCUUGGUUAAACGCGCCAUCAAUACGUCGGAGGUACCAGCUAUUGCAAGUAAGUUCGCAAUUUUUUUUGCCGUUUUUCUUUUAGGUUACGAUUGAGUAUUUUUGUUCGUUAGUUAAGUAACGACUCCAGCUAUGAACAAUCGCGCUAUCCCCCUCCUUGCUUAGCCCUUUGAUCCCCCCUAAGAAUGACCAGCAUCCAAUUUCUCCUUACAGUAUCACCCCUGAGUCAAACAUUAAGGUCAGGAGAAUAAAGGACAUGAUCACCACUUAAAGCAGCUCUUGAUUGUUAAACAAAUUCUCCUUGGCAGCGCCUGAGGAAAUGUAGAGAACAGUGUGAAGAAUAUGGAUAUUGAUGUUAGGGUAUGAAGGGUGAAAUGGAAGGUGGAAACCUUAAAAAAAAAAGAUGCUAUCACUUUUUUACCACUUAAGUUUCCAUCGUGCUUCAUUCCACGCAAUGUUAGUACUCAAAACUUGACUCACAGUCAACACUUGCAAACCGAACUAAACAUGAAGCCGUUGUGUGUUUAUUGAAGAUGGUUUGCUUUUUUUUUUAAACAGGUUUAGUGUUUGAAGAUUCUGUCGGCGACCUCGAUAAUGUUCCCAAGUUUAUCAAGUACAAGAUACGACAGGACGUGGAUUAUACCCCAGCUACAAACAGGAUACGUCGUUGGUAAGUCCAGCGAUUUGUUCAUUUUUGACCUUCUUGAGGGAGCUACUUACCCUUUGAGUGGCAACCCAAAGGCAUUUCGUAUGAAGCCAAAUUUACAUAUUUUUCCUAUGGACCGACUGGAUGCUUUGUGUCUACAUAGUAUGAAUCAUUUUUUGACAUGGGAAAUAUGACCUUUGAGCCCAAAGUACUUGAUGUGAUGGAAGUAGAACCUGCCCUUCCUCUUCACAAAGUGGGAGACACGGAGGCUUUGUGGCUUGUGCGAUGAACUUCGGAUUAAGAAGUCUUGGUUUCGCCCGGGCCAAGGCUCCUUGCAUUUUGUUCUUGUUAACCCAUUACACCCUGACACCAGUAUGCAUUUUCUCCAUACUGUUCUCCAUACAUUUCCUGAGGCACUGAUGAGGAGAAUUUGUUUAAAAAUCAAGAGCUUUUUAAAUUGGUGAUCAUUUCUUGAUUCCCGUUACUUAAAUGUGUGGGUGACUUGAAGAAAAAAUUGCCGGGGGGUUUCUGUGAUGGACAAGCUUUUAAUCCAAUUUGAAUUAGCGAAGUGUCCCUCUCCACUCAGGAGUAUAAAUAGGUACCAGCAACCUCCCCGGGAGACCUUAAAAAAUUGUUGAGGGUGGGAGGGGAGGGUUGUAAUGGAGUAGCAUCUCAUCCAAUGGGAAUUAGUAAAGUGACUUCCUCCGUGGUCGUCCAGUAAUUGCUUAGGGUUAGGGUUAGUAGAUGGGUAUCAGCGACCUCCCAGAGAGACUGUCACUUGGGAUAAAUAUGGGGGGUUUCUGUGACAGACUAGCAUUUCAUCUAAUGGGAACUAGAAAUACUCCUUAGUUACCUGAUGUUUUGGGAACUGGAAUGCGUUUCAAUGGUUUGGGCCUCGUCUUCACGCAAAUUCGUUUUCUGUUUUCAGGUAUUGGCGCCCAGGCCCUCAAGAUAGCUUCUUCAAGCAGAGAUACUUCAAUUUUGGGUUUUUGUACUUGCAAGACUUGAUUGAUCGCGCUUUGAUGAACAUAUUGCUGAAUGAGACCAUUGAGGAACCGGGGGUAUACAUGCAGGAGUUUCCGUAUCCAUGCUACGUCAAGGACAAGUGAGUUUAUCGGAAUUUACAGGUUAUAAUAGAUUGUAGAAGGCGUUUCUCGCUCGAGAGUCAUAGAAACACAGGAAAGUAUCAUAGUGAGGUAACAAGGGUUCUCUGAUUUAAAAAAAAAAAAAAAGAAUUAAGUGAAAAACACUUGCUCUCUGUUUAGUAGCCAUUUUCAGUUUGUAAAACGGAGCGUGGUCAUUAACUGCGCGAUAGUAGUGGAGGGGUGAAAAGCCGAGGGAGGUUUGGUGUUGAUCAAAACGCGACUCAACCCCAGCCUCCCUCGUUUUUUCACUCCACUCCGUUUUGCCAACUGAACGCCUGGAAGAGGCUCGCUGUUCAGCGAUUUAUCGCAUAUGAUAGCGGUGUCAUUAAGCCUUGGUAAAUCUGAGACGUGGUAUUUAGUUCAGUGCUUUUUGUGGCCUUUGUAACUGUACUUAUUGUAUCUUCAGGUUUGUAUUCUAUAUCGGUGGCACAAUGCCGUUGUUCAUGACCCUGGCCUGGAUAUUCAGUGUGGCAAUGAUAAUCAGAGGUGUUGUUCACGAGAAAGAACGGCGUCUUAAAGAAGUCAUGAAGGUAGCAUCAUCAAACUAUCAUUGAUUACAUAUAACAUUCCUAGUGAUUUCACGCGGAUUCUCAGGCGACUGGAAAAAAUUACGUCCUUGUCAGCAAUCGAUCCAUGGAUCAGCAUACCACGUGAGGGAAGUGGCACUACUUUCGUUUCUUCAGCUUUGAAACUCUUAAGGGUGGCCAAUUUACAUUAUCAACUCAGUUGAUAAAACCAAAUUGUCUUGUUACACUCCGCCACCGAUGCAGCAACACAGUUUCUUUAUAAAACUAUCCCAUUUAUUUACUUAUAUCACAGUCAGGAUAAGCUCCCGUUGCUAAUCUGGGCAUACCUAUUUUCAAAAUUGCGCGUCCUUAUAAAUCGACCAUUAUACUUCGAUUGAAGUCAAUUCUCGUUUCUGUUUUUUUAGGUGAUGGGUCUUGGUAAUGGUGUGCACUGGGUGGCUUGGUUCAUUAACAGCUCAAUUCUUAUGGUCAUCACGAUAGCUUUACUUGUUGCUGUCCUGAAAGGCGGCAAGAUCUUAUGGCACAGUAAUCCUGUGGUUAUCUUCUUGUUCUUGUUCGUGUUCAUGAUCGCCACUAUUAUGAUGUGUUUCUUGAUUUCGGUGUUCUUCGCCCGAGCAAACUUGGCCGCAGCUUGUGGGGGAAUCAUCUUCUUUGUCACCUAUUUGCCUUAUGUGGUAGUGCGGUGGUUCGAGCAGUAUAUGACUACGGGACAGAAAGCUAUUGCGGUGAGUUUGAUGUAUUAUAAAUUUAUAGAAUAUUUGGGAUAGUACGCGCGCUCUCAUUGGUCGAUAGUCGUGUUUAGAAGAGAGGUUGUAGACAAGGUUGUGACGUGACGCUUUCAUUUGACGAAUUGUAUUUUAGAAAUGUUUUCUAAAAGCAACAGAAGACUUUUUCUGUGUUUACGCAGCCUCUUUUCCACACUCGUGAGGUUGAGAGAAUUGUCAAAAUUUUUGCAAACCCUCGACUGCGUCUUGCAUACCUUCCUUGAAUUCUCCCACGCGCGUGACAAAUGCAAAGCGUCUUUAUCCAUAACGUUAUUUAUCAAUAUUCCACAGAGUUUACUAUCCACGACAUCCUUUGGUGUCUGCUGCAAUUACUUGGCGCGGUAUGAAGAGCAGGGGGUUGGUGCCCAGUGGUCAAACUUCUUCUCGAGUCCUGUUUCAGGCGAUGGUUUCAGUCUAGGUUAUGCAAUAUGUAUGAUGAUGAUUGACGCUGUCAUUUACGGCAUCCUCACUUGGUACAUAGAAGCUAUUUUGCCAGGUGAGUGGUGUUUUCUAAUUAUAUGUAUUGACUAAGUUAAACGCUUUUAAUUAAGAUAACACAACCAUAACAGCCUGACUGGUUAACCCUUUAACUCCCAGAAGUGAUUAACAUGUAGCCUCUCCCUAUAAUAUCCUUACAAUAUUCUGUAAACAGUUAAUGAGAAUGCUCAAACUUAUCAGGUUGAAGUUGUCAUCUUGAUCUGACACCAAAUUCUCAUAGCUUGUUCACAAGAAAUUGUAUAGCGGCUAGAAGGGAGAAUCAACAAUCAGAUCUUGGGAUUUAAAGGAUUUAGGGGCCAAUUCACUACAUUUUUGGGAUCACAGACGAUUGUUUCAAUUGAGUGUCGAAAGUAAUCAGGGAUUGCAUUACUUUUUCUUUUCUUCGCUCAGUGAUUGGUCAAGAAAACUUAGGCCACUCUUUCUACCAAUCAGAAGCAAAGCUACCCCCAAUCACGUGACACGGUCACCCGCUUUUUCCCGCGCUUUCAGCAGCAAGCUUGUUUUCACUUUGAGUUUUUAUUGGCUCUUUACGAUAUUUUGCUUUCUGCUGGUUGGUCUGUGCGAUGACUUUGAUUUUACUGUACGACACUCAAUCGAAUAGCGCUCCUAAAGAAUUGGAAAUCUUAUAGUAAUAUCUUGCUAGUAUAGCAAAUUUCAAAGAGGUAGAGGUCGACUAAAAUGAAACGAUAAAUAUCUGAAGAUAAAGAGAUUAACCCGCAUUGCAGAUACAAUCUUUGAAAAUUUGUUUGAAAGGAACAAAACGCCACUGUCCCCCACUGAAGUAUAAAGCCACUUACUUACUACCAACCACUGGCGCGUAUCGUCCACUAAAUUAACACUUGAUCAUUUUUCUUAUCCUUUCACCUUUACUAGGCUGAUCGGUUUGAAACGAUUUUACCCGUCAAUAUUAGGCAGUGUGUGUGAUAUGCAAAUCUGAGGUCUUUGGCUUGGCCAACUUCUAAUAACGCAUCUGUUAGAUGUGCAGCAGUUACUAGAGAUAAUUACUAAACAAAUCAGGAGCGUUGAAGUGUUAAGUAAUCUUUCCACUGUGUGAUUUCCACAGGUCAGUACGGUAUUCCACGACCCUGGUACUUCCCAUUCCAGAAGUCUUAUUGGUUUGAAGUUGCCAACAAAAAGGUCUUGGAGGUUGAUGCAUCAGAUACACAGCGAGUAACCAGCCGCUCUGAAAGCAGAGGAGCGGUGUCCUACAGAAGUGAUGUAAGUGGAGGAAGAUGAGAAGGGAGGGGGUAGAGAAGGAGGAAUUGUAAGGGUGGGCGGGAGAAAGGAUGGAGGGAGGAGGGGAUGGAGAUAGGCAGGAAGAAGGUAAGGGGUGUGGGAGUAAGAGGGCUGCAAGGUUGGAAGAAAGGACGACGGGAAGGAUCAGGGGAGGGAGAAGGGUACGAAGGGGUGGAAGGGGCAAGAGUGGAAUAAAGGAGGGAGUUAAGCAGGAGGUAUUUCUUCAGCCUUCCUGAGCUCUACCUUCCCUUUGAAGAAAGGGUUUUAGCAGGUUCACGUCUCUGUCGGUCUUUGCGCUGGUGUUUUUGUUUUCUUGCUCAUCUAUGAAGUCAUCUAUUGUUCCUUCAAGGAGAGUAAACUUUGGCACUUCUUACGUGUCUCUGAUUGGACGAACGAUUUAUUUUCACAGUCGUUCGCUUUUCUGAUUGGUUGGUUGUGUAUUUGGUACGAAUUUUACGCGGGCUUUUUUUUCAUGUCUAAAUCUCGGUAUGUAUGAAAUAAAAGAUAUUUAGACACGGGAAAUCACUAUGGACGGCGCAUAAGCAUUAAAUAAAACGUAGUUAAUAAGACAUGUAAGAUUUAGAAGCUUUUUCCUUUCUUUUUAGAGCGGAGGAAUGGACGAAGUUGCCUUCCAAGACGAAGACAGGUGCAGUGUGACAGAGAAAGAACCCACUCAGCUCCCCUUAGGAUGUUCAAUCAAGAACUUGGUUAAGGUAAGGAAGGCUUUGCACUCCUCCCCUGAGGAGAAGUUUUGUCAAUGAAAUUCGCGGUAGGGUUGCCUAACAUAUAUGCCAAGUCAGUGGGUUUCUACAGGAGAUAUGUGCAUUAAGACUGGGAGAGAGAACUCGUGUAUGUUUUUGUAUAUCUCUUCUAAACUUGGAAGCAUCUCUAACCUGUGACCCCCAAGAGUGAUUAGCAUCUAAAUUCUCCUUACAAUAUCACCCCUGAAUCAAACAUUAAGGUCAUGACAAUAAAGGAAAUGAUCACCAAGUUAAGAAGCUUUUGAUUGGCAAACAAAUUCUCCUUGUCAUCACGUAGAAAAUGUAUAUGGAACAGUAUGGAGAAUAUGAAUGCUAAUGUUAAUGUGUAAAGCCAGUUAACUCAUUGCUUAUCCUAGAAGUGGAAAGGACGCCUGUUAAAUAUGAAGCUAUUAUAAGCCUAACUCGCUAACUAGUUCUCUGUACAACAGCUGGUGAAGAUUUCGGCAUUGGAGCUGCUUUAUUUUUGUUAGUUUUUAGGGAUGCAUCUAAAUUUAACUCCUUCCCGCUUUGGGUUUCUUUUAUUUUUCUUAUGCCAGAUUUACAAAGAUGGCAACAAAGUUGCGGUAGACGGAUUGAGUCUCAACCUGUACCAAGGACAAAUUACGUCAUUUCUCGGCCAUAAUGGCGCUGGAAAAACUACUACAAUGUCUGUAUUGACCGGUUUGUUCCCCCCAACAUCGGGUACUGCCAUCGUUAACGGGUACGACAUCCGAAAAGAUAUCGAUUUGGUUCGAAAAAGCCUCGGAAUCUGCCCGCAAUACAACGUUUUGUUUGAUAAUUUGACCGUGUCUGAACAUCUGUGGUUCUAUGCGUCGCUGAAGGGGAUGCCUAAGGAAGAUAUCCCGGCCGAAGUUGAGAGGUAAUUGAUGACUCUAACUUACAGUUGUUAUUGUAAGGUGUGGGUUUUUUUCCUCGCACUGUCAUAGCAGAGAUUAUAGACACAUUUAUAAUAACAUUGACAACGUUUCGAAUAUUAUCAGUAAUUCCACAACAACAACACGAACAGCAACAGAAAAAACGACGGUGACCAUUUCCGUGACUCCAACAUGAAAGACACGAGUAGAUCGCGAUUGGAGGAAGAAGCAACUACCUAAAAAAUUCUGACCACAAUACUUAAAACGAUUGAGGAACUAUGGUAACCCGAGUGCGCAAACUUAAGUUAGUGCAAAAAAAACAAAAACUCUUGCGCGAUGAGGUUACUUUCCUUGUAUAUCCAUGGCCGAUAUUAAGUUAUUAUAUUUUUAUGUAUGAUCGUGAUCAAUCUCUGGGGUAGCAAAUAAAUGAUUCUUUAAGGUGGACUGCAAUUUAGCAAUUGUAGAAAAGAAGCUAAGAGCAACGGGUUCGAACCCGUGGCUCUUAGAUAUUCAUGCUAUUGGUUUGUCAUUCACGAUUGAUAGUGUUCACAACAUGGUUACAUGCCUCCUACGGACACGAAGACAGGUGAAAAAAAAGGGGUUUUUAAUAAAAAAAAAUACUACUUGGGCUUUUCCCAGUGCUUUCGACCCCAUGGUUAUGUUUUUAAUUGUUAUUCAUUAGGGUUAAUGUGAUCAGUUAAAUAAUCUUUCCUUUUACUUCGUUAGAUUCUUAAAAGAUGUUGGCUUGGAGGACAAGAGACAUGAAUUAUCUUCAUGUCUCUCUGGUGGAAUGAAACGGAAACUCUCCGUGGCCAUGGCCUUUGUAGCAGGCUCCAAAGUCGUCAUCCUGGAUGAGCCCACAGCUGGUGUUGACCCAUACGCACGGCGAGGAAUCUGGGACUUGCUUCUUUACUACAAAACAGGUACUUUAUGUGUGAUUGCUUGGAUAUUGCUCCAUUCCAAAGCAAAAUCUUCGAAUCUCAGACGGCAUAGACAGUUAUUAUUAAGAUCUUCGUAAACUGGACUUCCGUUUUUGAUUGCUUUAGGCCGCACUGUGCUUCUCUCCACGCAUCACAUGGACGAGGCAGACAUCUUGGGAGACAGAAUCGCCAUUAUCUCACAGGGGAAGCUUCAGUGCUGUGGUUCUUCUUUGUUCCUCAAGGGACAUUAUGGCAACGGGUACUACAUGACACUCACUAAGAAGGCUCCAGAGGAGAGGCCUGGUACGGCAAGGACCUUAAAGGACGUGACGUUAAUGGGGUCGGGCCCUUCAACCGGGAGCUCUCUAGAUGAAGGUCAAAUUAGAUUAAAGAGUUCAAGGGAAUGUAGAGGUUAUCAAUUGACUUUCAGGAGGCCAAAACUAAAACAGUCGCAACAGCCAAUAAGAACGAAGGAAAAUAUGACAAGAAGCCAAUCGAAAGUCGAAGAAAAUCAAGUAAAUUUUCUGAAGCACGCCGGGAAAAAAACCCGAGUGGGCAAGUCGCGUGUAGUUUUAGUUUGAAUCUGAUUUGUCGAGAAAGUGGCGCAAGGUUUCAGAACCAAUCACAGAGCGAAGUAAGGCAAACCAAAGCAACCUAGUAAUGCUUUCGACUCUCGAUCAGAUAUUUAAUGGAAAAUGUAGGCGAAGUUUAUAAGGAAAACAAUGACGUAGAUUCCCUAAGUUAAGUAAGAUUAUCGUACUGUAAAUUUAUUCAAUAUAUCUGUUUGCUUAUAAUUGUCCGUCUAGAAGUGUAUUGUAUUUUUUCUUUCCUCAGGUGUUGGUAUGGACUCAUUGGACGCUUCAGAACAAGGGAGCCUCAAUUCCGUGCCUGCAAAAUCCUCCUCAGACCCCUCUCUGCAUGUCACUGAAGUGUUCUGUAAGGAGUCAGCGGUAACUUCCUUCGUCAAGGCCUAUAUCCCCUCCGCUGAACUGAUCGAGGACAUUGGGUCCGAGCUAACUUACGUUCUGCCCACUGAGUUAGCUGGAGAAGGCCGCUUCCAGGAUCUGUUUGAAGAGCUUGAUAGAAACUUGGAUAAACUACACAUUGGUAGUUAUGGCGUGUCAGAUACCACUCUUGAAGAGGUAACGUUGUAGUUUUUGAGAACACUUACUCCCAAGAUAUGAGUCGUAAUUCUCGCUACAGGUCUCAUAUUUUUCCUUGUAAAAUGUGUGAGAGAAUUCGGUGUUAAAUCAAGUCAAUGUCUAGCGUGUGAAGUGGUCUAUUCUCGUCGCCUAUUUGCGGAAUAAUCUGUUGAUACGUUAGGGAGAGGUUACUGUUUGAUCAGCUCUGGAACCUGUGACUUGAUUAAUCUCUCUCUAAAGUCUAUAGUUAGGAAGAAAAUUGAUCAUGAGUGGAAGGUUAGUUAGGAAGAAAGGUGUUGAUCAUGAGUGACCAACAUCUAAUCUCUCUUACAGUAAGACUACUGUCUUGUUCAUUGAGAUCAUGAGAAUAAAGGAAAUGGUCGCCAACCUAAGGAGCUUUGAUUGUUUGACAAAUUCUCCUUGUCGGUACCAAAGGAAAUGUAAGAGAGCAGUAUGGAGAAUAUAUAUACUGGGUUAGGGUGUAAAGGAUUAUCCAAACAGGAUCAAUAUCAGUAUUUGGGCAACGGCCCACCUACCCCUCCCCUAACCCAACAUUCACCCUAACUUAUUAUCAAUUGACUGUCGUUGGGUUAGGGGAGGGGUAGGUGGGCAGUUGCCCCGAUACUGAUAUUGAUCCAAACGAGCUAACAUUGAGUGGGUGUAAGUCUCAUGUGUUUUCUCCUGGUUUUAACUCAAAGGGCCGUUUACCUACACAAGGUCCAGCCCAAACCACGGUUUUGCUUAAUCAGUGGGCCUUAGGCUUUCCCUGUAAGAGGGAUGAUUUGAUUAAAUAAAUGUUCUUUCAUUGUUAGCUUUCGGCCAUUUUGACAUAGUUCCCAAAGAUAAAUGUUCUGAUAAAAGGUCCAGCUAAAUUUAGGAUUGUUUUGGACGCGGUUUUUGGUAUACAGCGGCUAAACUUUGUUUAAAUAACCGGCGCAAAGAUUUUACCAACAUCUUUUUAUAGCUACUAUUUUGGCGACGGAGUUACAAAGGUUGAAACAUUUUAUUGUUAUAACGUGACGCUCACCACUUUCUUCAUUCUUUUAUUUUUCCUAAUCAGGUUUUCUUGAAAGUAGCCGAAGAAGCCAACGCCGAAGAAGAAGGUAAGACCACCAAGGUGUUUUUGCCUUUCAAGACUUGAUCUCUCAUUAAUAUGUGAAUACGCCAACAAUACUGCGCAUGUGUAAUGCUUUAUUCUGUACAAUUACGAUGCGAAAAACACAAAAAAACACUGGGACCGUUUCGUUAUAGCUUACAUCAAACGAAUCUUGUUUCUCCACUUUAUAUCUUCCCUACGUCGCACAAACAAUCUUACCCCUAUCUCAUUCUUUAAACACCGAUUUUAUUUGUUAAAUUUAAACCACAACUUUUUAUUUUGCAAUUUUUGUUUUUCCAUGAUCACCAGACAUGCUUGCCGCUGAGAUGCCCAAACGCCGACCCAGUUUCCGCACUCAGCUGAGCCGCAGUUCAAGAAUAAGCGACAGUUACAAUGACAGAGAACAGCUAUUGGCUGAUGAUAGUCAAGAAUCAAAUGGUGAGACUUGUAAACAACCAGUAACUGAACGAUACUAUUGCCCAGUCGCUAUUUGUGUUUUGUGAUCGAGAGAAGAUUGGAGUUGAGUGGAAAGGGGCGCCCGAAGUCAAAGAUAACCUUGUUCGCGGGCUCUCUUUCCUUAUCUUCCGAGGGGUACUGGGAAGGGAAGAAGCCACGAGAGCGAGGUUGAGAUUAACCAAGCGAGUACUCAGUGCGUACUUUAUGUUUGGGGUACUUCAGUGGUUUUGUCUUUCUGUCACAGAGACUGCACUGAUUUGAGUCAGACCUUGAUCAUUUUUUUCUAUUUUUAUUGUUUCCGUUGCUAUUUGACAUGAUUCAACGUCAGGGUUGGAGAUUCAAGCUAGAGAAUAUUCAAUUUCGCUCGCAACGUUUUCUUUAAUAGGGAAAAAAGUUUGGACAAGGUCUCUUUGGUUGCUGAUGUCGCCAAGAAUCAGCCAGUGCCCUUUUUUUUAACAUUUUUUGACGUAAUUGCUUUGAGAGGCUGGAAAUUUUUGAUAUAUUCAGCACCGGAGGAAAACAAUUUUAAACUGGGAGCUUCAAGAGAAAUAUAUGGGGACAUGGAUUGACAGAACUGGAAAAGAUCCAGCGAAUUACAUCUGGGUCAACCCUUAAAACUCCCUAAAAGAUCAACAUCUAUCUUCUCCUUACAAUUUCAAUGCAUUAUCCAGGUCAUGACAAUUGGUAAACUUAUCAGACAGGUUUUGUUAUAGUGAUACUGAUAUAACACCAAAUUCUCAUAACUUAUGUAUAAGGAAUCUUAUAGCAGGAGGAUGGGGGAAUUUAAGAAGGAUCACUGACUUAUUUCAUUUUAGCAGAUGACGACACCCCCUCUGUGCUUGAUGCCCUGGAUGGAGUUUACGACGGAGAAAAGAGACUGACAGGUGUCAAGUUACUGAAAGGACAAUUCUGGGCUCUGCUAGUUAAACGGUUCCAUCAUACCAGAAGAAAUCGGAAAGGAUUCAUUUCUCAGGUAGAACUAUUAUUAAUGGAAAAAGCAACAGUUGUGAAAGCCGAAAUAUUUCUGUGUUAGAUCGAUUUUUUGAUCGAUUGUUGUAAACCCAAAACCAAAAAAUCUUAACGACCAAUCAGAGCAAUGGAGAAUAUCGCGAGGAGCCAAUGAGAAAUCGAAGAAAAAGAAAGCGGAUCAAUACCUACCCCUCCCCUGGUUCAACAACAAUCAACUGUUAUAAAGUUAGUGUAAUUGUUGGGUUAGGGGAGGGGAGGGGAGGGGUAGGUGCACAGUUGCUCCAAUACUGACUUUGUUCAAGAAAGCUCACUGCCUGAAAAGCGGGAUAAUGCGAGUGGCAAAGUUUUAGCUAGUUUUAAUUUUUUCCUCAUCGGUUGAGAGGGAGAAGCGAAUGACCCAUGACAGAGUGAAGUAAACACAGACAAAUGCAUUCACAGAAUGCUUUCGACACUAAACUGAAAACUGCUUGAGAUUGAAGGUUUUUGGAGCUAACCGUUCAUGGAACUUCGGUAUUACGACUGAGUCUGUCGUUCGUUUUUUCAGAUUCUGCUACCUGCUUUCUUUGUCUGCCUGGCCAUGCUCGUGUCACAGAUCAGACCAGUUUCAGAGAUGCCAGCACUUGAACUGAACACCGACAUGUUCUUAGACCUCGAUCCACAUGAGCAUUACUUGGCGUUUGCUUUGGAUGACAAUGGAAAGUCAGUUUUGACGCAAAACAUGAUGGAUAUGCUGGUGCAGUAUCCGGGAGUUGGUGAGUUGAAUAAUCGACCUCCGUUAUCCGCUUCCAAAAUAUAUAGAUUUGCAGCAGUAUACGGGGGCAAUAUGCGUAGCCUAUCACGUUACAGGAUUUUGUACCGUCUUUAACAUUACUCUUCACUGCUUUAGGGACGUCCUGUUUGGAAAAUUCCUGUAAAAGAAAACCAAUAAAAUUCAGUCCGGCUCCAAAAGAAAAUGUCAGUACUUUACAAUGUGACUGUCGAUCAACCGGAACUGCAAAAUGUCCCGCGGGUGCCGGCGGCCCUAGGCCUUCUCAGUGGCAGUCGUUUACUGGUGACAGGCUACAGAACUUGACUGGGCGCAAUAUGACGGACUAUCUGCUCAAGACGUAUCACAAUUUUAUUCGAAAGAGGUAGGGAUUCUAUUGCGUUUGAUGUUAUUGCCAUGCAGUCAAAUGUUAAAGGUCCUGUGCUGCCAGCAGUGAUCUUUUUUGUCGUUCGUUUACACCUUCGGUACAAACCAAAAUGACGUCUUGGACUUCUUAAGUUUCCUGGCAAAGGCAGUGUCAAUCUUUAUAUAAUUUUCGUGUGCAAGACCUCGAAGGGAACAACAUGACAGGUCUGGUUGUAGUAAAGGGUUAGGAAUUUCGUGGCGUUUUUGCGUUUUUGCGGUGUCCUAUACUGCUACCCAUGUCUUUUGUCGUCGCUAGUUCAGCCCUUCAGUGCUAUUUUGAUUGACGUCAUUUGUGCACAAAGUUCCGCAGAAAGACAGCACACUCCUCAAUUUAUGUUUGUGUAUUAGGUAUCCUCGAGAAUGACAUUCUCUCCCGAAGUGUUCCGUGCUCAUGACAUAUCUGAUCGCAAUACAGGCGAACUCGCUUCGAAGUCAUUAAUAACGCUUUGUCCCGUGGUAAGGAAGAAUGAUAAUUGGACUGAGAUCGGAAUUGGUGCUUUGUAAACUACCAUAGUAAUGCACAGGUGUCAAGAACUGUUUUCAUAAGCGGCUGUGCCCGAAAAGGGGCCUCAAGGCGAAACCUAACUCGAACCUGCGAGCAGAUAGACCAGCGGUGAAGUGGCUUCUUUUGAAACCCCUGAUUUUAUAACUGUUUUCUUUUCCUGUUGUGUUUCAGAUAUGGAGCUGUAACCCUCGGAGAUAACUUCAGAAAUCUGCCUAGCUCUUUCUCUCAGUCAAACGUUUCGUACCUCAGCGGUAUUUUUAAGCAGCGCAAUGCAAAGGUAAAUCUGUCAUUGAAGUGUUUAUUGUUUCUCUCACAUAACCUAUUUACCACUUUGACUUAGUAAAUAUCUUACCACCGUUGCACUAUAUAUAGGCACAGCUAAAUAAUGAAAUGCUACGUCACAGGUGUGCGGUCAAUAACGCGGGCUCAAGCGUAAGAGGGAAAAAAAAUUCAGCGAAAUUUUCAGGAAAAAAGGGCUGGCAUUUAAACCGCGGCACCUUGUUGUCGUGGAAGGCAUUUUCCUAUUUCUAGUUAGCUCUCGUCACUCGCUUUAUUUCUUUGUUGUUACAGGCCUGGUACAACACUAAGGGUUAUCAUGCUGCCCCGACAUUCCUAAACAUACUGAACAAUGUGAUCCUCAGAGGCAAGGCUCGCGAGAAAGGACUGAAUGCGUCACUGUUUGGUACGUUAAUGAAAGUGAACUAUUGCGUUACUUUUCAUGUCACGCAUGGCUGGUGUUACUUUAAGCGCUUUUGAUCGAGUGUCUGAAUUUUCAAAACCACUGUAACUGCAUCAGCCAAUCAGACCAGAGGUGAACUUUGCUGGGAGCCAAUGAGAACUUAGAGUAAAUGAGUGCAAAAGGCCUGAAACGCGGAAAAACGUGUGAGUUACGGGUGAUUGGCUUACGUUUUAUUUUUUAUCUGAUUGGCCGAGGGGAAGAUGCAAGUUUUCCAAACCUUUUUGAAAAAAAAAAAUUUAACGGCAAAACCAAUGCAAUAUCAGACUACCUUUUUGCACUCAAUUUGGUAAUCGAAAUCGACAAUAUAAUAUUGUAAACUUAGCUUUGUUUGUCGACUGGAGAUGUAUUCCAUAACAUAAGUAUGUUGCUUUUAAUGUUGUUUUGUGGGUUUUUCAUCAGGUAUUAACACCUUUAAUCACCCUAUGAACUACACCAAGGAACAGCUGAGCGAGGAAAAUCUGUAAGUUAGGCCCUGGAGCCGAGUUUGUAUUUUGGAAAUGACAAGGAAGUCAAACCACCAAGUAGAAGACUGGUCAAAGGCGCGAUCUCUACACUUAGGGACAUAUCACCUUUUUUCAGGAAAAGGAGGGGUGGGGGGUGAGGGGUGGGCUGAUGCAUUUUUAUCUUCCUCUUCAUAAUUUCCCGUGGCCCUGUUCUUGUCACACUGCAUAAAGUCAUGUGCCCCCUCCCCCCUCCCUGUGAGUGGCUUGUCGUUGGUCCUUACUUUUUUCUGUUGUAGAAAGGAAAAUGAACUGCACAAGAAAACGUGACCGACCGCUGAGAAAUAGUUGCAGCUCAACAGUUCAUGACCCCCUCCCCAUUUACACCAGCCACCCUUCCCCUAUUACAAAUGACAGGUCCUUUGUUCAGUAACUUGAUGGACUUUUUCUCGUUUACUCAUUCGGCCUAAAUUUUUCAUCUUUUAUUGCUGUAAUUUCUUUAUUCAAUCCUUAGUCACCUUUUUGUCUUUUUCGUUUAUCAUCACCUUUUUUGUGCUUCUCUAUCUGCACAAGCCAAUCUUUUAUAGACUUCUUUGCACCGAAAGAAGAUGCACCUUUUCCAUAAGCUGCCACUUGCCACUUUAAAUAGUCAGUUCUUUCAAUAGAAGCCUACUGCCUAAAAGUUCGAAAGAUUUAGGAUGAAGACCACUCAAAUUUGUUGCAGUGCUGCAUUGAUGCCUCUUUGUUUCAUUCUUUUUAAGUUUCAACCGUAUUGUUGACGUGCUUGUGGCCAUCUGUGUGGUGUUCGCCUUGUCCUUCGUUCCCGCCAGCUUUGUUGUCUACCUAGUCAACGAGCGAGCCUGCAAAGCCAAGCAUCUGCACCUGGUCAGCGGUGUGCGCCCGUUCAUCUACUGGCUCGCUACGUACGUCUGGGACUUGGUGAGUAGGGGCUGAAUGGUGGAUAUAAAUACAGAUCCUCGUACACGACACCACAGAGAAAAGUUUCCCUUCCUUCCUUCCUUUCUCCCAGCACUGUUUUUUUUUUCGUCUUUGCCUUCCUCGACAGUACUGUCAUGAUUGCUAACGUGUCAUGUUUGUUUUUACAGUUCAACUACCUUAUUCCAGCAGUGUGUUGCAUCUUCAUUUUCUUGGCCUUUGGUGAAGACUCUUACACUUCAUCAAGUAAUUUCGCACCGACCUUCCUUCUUCUUAUCCUUUACGGGUAUGUUGAACUUGAAUGUCCUUUUUCAAUUACAAGGGAAGGAAAAAAUUCACUAAAACUAUUACACGGAUCAAUUUGAACCCAAUAAUGAAUUGCGUUGCAUGGAAGUACCAAUUGAUAGUAAUUUUCUUCUCUGAAAAGUCACCCGCCAGGUUUUCAUUGUCAUACUUGUGCGCUCUGAUUAAACACAAGAGGCAGUAUUUUUCUUCGCUAUUCUGCCCUUAACCCUUUAACCCGUAAGAGUGACCAGCUUCUAGUUUCUCUUUACAAUAUCACCCCUGAAUCACACAUUAAAUCCACGAGAAUAAAGGAUCACUUACUAGAAAGCUCUCGGUUGUUAAACAAAUUCUCCUAGCCAGAACUGUAUAAAAUGUAUGUAGAACAGUAUGGAGAACAUGCAUACUGAUAUUGGGGUGUAAAGGGUUAGGCGUUUAUGCAUUUAUUUAAAAUUUGUAUAUUGAAUUUAUGGUUUACGGAGGUAACGCCUUUAUACUGAUGACUGGACUAUUCUCAUCAUUUGUCUCUUUGAAUUAUGGGUUAUGUCACAUGGUAAUCACGUGAUACUGUUCUGGUUCUUUCCAACCUCACAGAUGGGCCAUCACACCUCUCAUGUACCCGGCGUCUUUUCUGUUCAAGGAGUCAAGCACAGCUUACAUCGUUUUGAUUUGUGUCAACAUAUUUAUUGGAAUCAACAGUACUCUGGCUACAUUCAUCUUGGAGUUCUUUGUUGACGAUCAGGUGAGGGAUUGAAACGAAUAUAGAUCUAAAGAUUAUAGAACUUAAGGUACAACAACUCGGAAAUGCCGAUGCUAUUUCCGAGUUGUUGUACCAUUGUUUUCUCCGCUGGGGUAUUGUAUGAUUACUCUUAUUUGACUGUUGCGUUCUUGGUUUAUAAAUUUAGGAGCUCAUUGCGGUUGUCGAGAUGCUGAAGAAAAUUUUCCUGAUUUUUCCAAAUUUCUGUCUGGGCCGAGGAUUAAUCGAUCUAGCUAGAAAUCAGUUUAUGGAUGUAUUUGAGAGGUUUGGUGAGUAUCUUGUUUGUUGUUUGUAUUUUCUUUACAAACAGUGGUAUGAAGCAAUGUAACCCAUCCUUCUCACACUUCCCCUCUCUCCCGAACAUAAAUGGCGAUUGUUUUCCCCCUUCCCCCCCCCUUUUUUUUAUCAGUACAAUUUCGGAUGAUUAUGCCCAUUUCAGAGAACGAACAGUUAUCUUGUGUGACGUUUAGUUAACCAUAGAUUAUAUAGGGAACCACGGUAGCCUUUUUAUUCGUUUCACCCUCAGGAUAUGAAAACUAACUCUUCUUUCCAUCAUUAACACAAACAAAAAAUCUUCGUUUUGUUGUGUGCGUAUGGAGAUAAAUGACAUAAAUAUUGUUCUACUUUAUAUUUAUUGCUUUGUUUUUAUUUUCCUUUUAGGGCAAAAUUUGGUGCGAGAUCCAUUCAGCUGGGACAUCACUGGCCGAAACAUUAUGAUGUUGAUCAUUCAAGGCUUUGUGUUCUUUUUCUUCACUGUCUUGAUCGAAUAUCGCUUCUUCCUGCCGAAAAGGUUUGCUAGUUGUCUUUCCUUGUGAUACUUUCGCAGUGUACUUUAUGAAGUAUGGAGUUGCUGCGAUUACAGGGCAACUGCCGCUGAUUACCAUACAAGCGAGUCACAUUUGUUCCUGGAAACCUGCAAUGAGUGGCUAAAGCCUAGGCAAACUCUACUACUUUUCAAUCUUUUCCCAUAAUUUUAAUUUAUCUCCUCCUCUCCCCCAUUUCAAUGUUGCCUGGUGUUAAGAAAAUGCUCACUGAUUUCAGGGAAGUAAGGGGAGGCGUGCCAACUAAUUUCGCCACUCAUUGUAGUCAUAGUCUUUAUGUAAAAUCCCAUGAUCUGAUAAAGUUAAGCACUUACUGCCCGGCUCCAAAAGAAACAUUGUGCCUGAGGGUUUAAAAAGUUAAAGUUGUAGUAAUGUGUCUCUUUUUUUCCCUACUAGACGGGUGAAUGUCACACUCAAACCAUCAGAAAACGAAGAUGAAGACGUAGAAAAGGAACGAGAACGAAUUGAAAGAGGAGAAGGAACGGAUGAUAUCCUGCGACUCAAGAAUCUCACCAAGGUAAGUUUUAAACUGAACGUAAGACGUGGUGAGACUUUAUGGCACAAGUCUAGCGUUUUUCUUAUAUCAGAAAAACUUAGGAGACACAUUUGCUUGACUUAUUUGCGCGCUCCAAGUGGUUUAUGAAAGGACUCAACUCAUCCAUGUUUGACUCGUACUUGUCACUGCUUUCUCACACCUUUUCUGCGCUUAAAGGCAACGUUCAAUCGAGGAAAAAUCCGCGAUUUCAUUUGUUUUGCUUUGCUCUGUGACUGGUCCAGAAAACAUGUGCCACUAUACUCAACUAAUCAGAGGAAAGUUUAAGCCAAUUACGACUUAGUCACUCACUUUUCCCGCGUUUCAGCUGGACAAGAGGUUUGCUUGUUCCUACCUCGAGUUCUGAUUGGCUCCUUGUGAUUUUGCGUUAGUUCUGAUUGGCCGUUUUGGUUGCUUAUCUUAUUUUUCACGACACCCCAAAUAAACUAGGCGUAAAUAAUAUUUUGUCUACACUUCCUUUAAUUAUUUACACUCUAACAUCAGUAAGCACACUCUCCACACUAUUUUCUAUACAUUUCCUGUGGUACCUACAAGGAGAAGCCUCUUGAGUUGGUGAUCAAUUUCUUUAUUCUCCUGACCUUAAUGUUUGAUUCAGUGGUGAAACCGUGGGGAGAAAUUGGAUGCUUAUCGCUCUUAGUGGUUGAAAGGUCAAGGUGUCUGCGGCUGAUGUGCUGUUUGUGUUUGUGGUUGUUUUUUUGUGAUGCGACUAAUUUUUUAACGGACGUAAACAAAUCUGAUCAAUAUCAGUAUCUGGGCAACUGUCCAUCUACCCCUCCCCUAACUCAACAACAGUCAAUUGAUAACAAGUUAAGGUUAAUGUUGGAUUAGGGGAGGGGUAGGUGGGCAGUUGCCCAGAUACUGAUAUUGAUCCCAAUUUUUUAACGGACGUAAAACAAAAUUGUACCCGAUGAAAAGUAACGACUCAUGUUUCUGUUGUUUUGUGGAAUUGUAUUGAGCCAGCUCCUCUAUUUUAUAGGUGUACAAAACUAGACGGAUGAGGAACGUGGCGGUGAAUCGGCUGUGUGUCGGGGUCCCCAAAGGCGAGGUGAGACCAGUUUAAUCGGUUUUUAUGGGAUGUCCAUAUUGAAUUGACUAAGUAUCUCAUCACGAGAGAGAUAAUAUUCCAGGUGUCAAUAUGUAAUAAUUGAGGAAUUUUAAAACCUCUAAUUGAUUUAUUGUGGUCAAUUGGAAGUCUGAUAAAGGUAACUAAACUUACAUUGCACUUUCCUUUAACGAGGUGCCAGCGCUUGAAGCUUCAGUUCUUUAAAAUUGUUGAUGGUUGUUUAUCUGCCUUUAUCAACUUGUGUUUAAUAAUGAACUUAGACCUCUAACAAGUGAUUCUUUUAUUUUCCUCUCAGUGUUUUGGAUUGCUUGGAGUAAACGGCGCUGGAAAAACAAGCACCUUCAAGAUGUUGACGGGCGAUAUUUCAGUUACUUCAGGAGAAGCCUUCGUCGAUGGCUACAGGUGAAGUGUCUUCAGUUUGGUUGGUUACUUUAGAUACACAACCGAGAAUUUCGGUUAUACUUGAUUCAACGUCGGAGUUAAUUUGGACUUGAGUUGGUUUACCUGACUUCGCUCUGUGAUUGGUCUUAAAAACUCAUGCCAGUCUCUCAACGAAUCAGAUGCGAUCAGUUAAGUGCGUUAUCCAGGGGUUUCAAUGAUCUUUUUCUUAAGCAGCUGCCGUUGGUGUAAUAUUAAUAAGCAGCUGUGCCUGGAAUAGGGUCAGUAGGGGAAAACUGAAUACGAGAACCUGCUCCCAGGCUAAACAGACGGCGGCGAGAAGUCUUGUUGGUGGCGGCUGACCACCAAUUACCGACUUUAAUGGAAACGCCUUGCCUUAUCCCUCGCUUCACGCGGUUUUCUGAAUUUCGUUUUCGAAAUGAGCUCUACUAGUGGAUAACUGUUCUCAUCCUUCGUUUUAUUGUUAUUUUUCACCAUCAGUGUCUUAACUGACAUUCACAACGCGCACCAAUCCAUGGGAUACUGUCCUCAGUUUGAUGGGCUGGAUAGUAAGCUGACUGCCGUUGAACACCUUCGACUGUAUGCACGCCUCAGAGGAGUUCCCGAAAAAGACGUCAAACAGGUUUGAAAGGUUUCCUCAUUAACCAUUUAGCUUCCGGAACAUAUCAAUACCCAACUUUUCGUUACAAUUUGGAUAUAUAUCAUUUAUCUUCCAGCCAAUGAGGAUAUAAAAAAAUGAUUGGAUAACAGAUCUUGUAAGAGAAAUUUUCUGUAGUUGUUAGUUAUAGGGCCCAUCUCUGUGGUUGUGUAGCCUCAUAAAAAAAAAUGGAAACAAACGAUUAAAUGGAACAGAAAACACUGCUUAACCCCGAGACAGGAACGUUGAGGGGGAACAAAGUCCUUUUUCCUCGUGGAGACCAGGUCACGUGCGAGUCGCUCUUGGGAAGUAGUGACUGUUCGCCUAUGGCACGUCACGUAUUCUCCUCCAAUCGGAAAACGUAUUUGGAUUACGAGCCGGUGUAACAAUCUCUUUGAUCACUUUUGUUUACAGGUCGUCGAGAGCCUCAUUGCUCGGAUGAAUUUGACUGAAUACGCCAACAGAUGUGCAGGAGGGUACAGCGGAGGAAACAAGAGAAAACUUUCCACAGCUAUUGCCUUUAGUUGGCAAUCCACCAAUUGUUUUCCUGGUAGGUCACCGUUGUCUUUUUGUCCUAAAUUUGUCUCCUAGUGAUUCGCGUACCCCGUGAACACUACCACAGAAAAUUAUGCGUCACUUCUUGUUCAUCUUCGCGAUCCGUUCCAGUCUUCUCCUUUUCCGAACACCCUAACAUCAGUUUGCAUAUUCUCCAUACUGGUCUCUUAACAUUUCCUAAGGUGCUGAUAAGAGGAAUUUCUUUAACAAUCAAGAGCCUCUUCAGUCAGUGAUCAUUUUCUUUACUCUCGUGACCUUAACGUGUGAUUCAGGGGCGAUAUUGUAAGGAGAAAUUAGAUGCUAGUCACUCUUAGUGGUUAAAGGAUUAAAGUUGUAAACGAGCUGCACAUGUGGUGUAAAAACGCUUGGUAAUUUCGUUACGUUACGUUACGUUGUGUUUCUUUCCGUUACUUGUUGUGGUCAUGAAAUCUCAAUUUUUAUUUUCAGGACGAACCGACCACAGGUAUGGAUCCAAAAGCUCGCCGAUUCUUGUGGAACGUAAUCACUAGUCUCGUAAAAGAAGGACGCACAGUCAUUUUGACUUCCCACAGGUAAACCGUCAGAGAAGAUGUAUAAACUUGUUUGAAUCGAUAUAUCUAACCACUAUACACAAGUAGGAAAAAUCAGUUAUGCAACAUAUAUUCGUCAAUCUGCGAAGUUUACUGAAGAUAAUAUCUAUUGAAAACCUGGGCUCUCAAGGGUAAAUGAUAGCUACGGGUUGGGAAUUAGUAAAAAAAUUCUUCUUUCUUCUGGGAAAGAGUUGACAUGCGGUUUAUGCCAAGUCUUUUUUUGAUCUCGAUUACUUCUCUUUUACGCAGUUAAGGAAAGUUGAGCUUCCAACGGAUCUAAGGGAUUUAACUCUAUAUCUGACCACUUUGUUAUCUCUUUGCUGUUUCCCUCUUAGUAUGGAAGAAUGUGAAGCACUGUGUAGUCGAGUUGCCAUCAUGGUCAAUGGACAAUUUAAGUGUCUCGGCAGUCCACAGCACCUCAAGAACAAGUAAGUGAUGAAACUAUUCACAGUCAACCCUUUGACUCCUCAGAUAUGAUAAACAAUUCUCCCGACAAGUCAUUGUACAUCUCCACUUUACGUUUUGCUUGUUCUUUCGCAUUUAAGAUACAUGUAGACUUAUGAAUUUUGUUAUGUAUGUAAUAGAUAUGGAGAUGGCUAUACAGUGACUCUGCGAAUUGGAGGAGAAAAUCCCAAUCUGGAAGCUGUGUCGGAGUUCAUAAAAAGCUUAUUUCCUAGUGCUGUUCUCAAGGUAUCGAUUGCGUUGUAUACCCUGAAUUGUUGUUUCUAAGACACGUGACACACCCUUCCUAACCAUCUGAACCACCUCCCAACCUACUUACUUACCAACCUGCGUGCAAACCUGUCUGCCUUUUUACCCAUCGAUAGACGUGCGUACCAAUAUAUCUCCUUAUCUGCUUAUCUAUCCAACAAGUACUUACUUAAUGUUUAACUUACUCAAUUACCCACCUACCUAACUUUCCAUCUUUCAUGUGGCCUCCCUUCCGGUCAAACUUUCGUUAAAACUUGCCUACCCUCUGUUCACCUUUCCUCCCAUUCUAUCCGGGUAACAUUCCUACCUUUUACUUUCCUACUCGCUCGUCUACUUACGCCACCUGUGUUCCACGCUUCUUUCCAUUAAUCUUCCGACCCGAGAGGCCACAAACCCCGUAGCUUCGUAACAUAGUUUCCAUCCUUUUCCUUCCCAACCGACGCUCCUGUCUGUGUACCUACGGUUACCUUUGGUUUCUUCUUCUAGAAAGCCUAUCACCUUGUCUGCUAACCCAUGAACAGUACGAGUUUAUAUCUUCUUCGUUAACUGAUUGGCUUGCUUUCGACUUUCUCUGCAGGACCAGCAUCAUAACCAGUUGCAGUAUCAAUUCCCAUCUCAAGGCCUUGUUCUCUCUAAAGUGUUUGGUCACAUCGAAGCCAACCGAAAAAUAUUUGACAUUGAAGACUAUUCCGUUUCACAGACAACCCUUGAUCAGGUUUGUUGAUCUUAAUAUGACCAACAUCCGCCAGGUUUUAUAUCAGAUGGAUAGCCUAAGAGAGAAUAAGAUCCUAUUAGUUAUGAUGAGAGAGUGAAAACCAAAAGAUCGCUAAGUUAAGACAGCCAAAGUCAACCCUAGGGGUUUCAAUGAAACCCGGUUGCUGGCGGUACACCGCCGUCUGUAGGACCUCUUAAAACUGUCUUUUUGACCUGCGGGGUUUUGCAUUACGGCACCUUCUACGGGCGACGCAGUGUUUUAAAGUGUUUUAUGAGACGAAGUCCUCCCUCUGUGUUUUAAUGCAUACAUACAUAUACGCGUCAUCACUAUGUACAAUCGAAUUUAAAUCAAGUGAAAUUUAAUUAAACGAACACACAAGACCGCUACUGUAGCUUUUCUUUUGCGUUCUGCUUCAGUACUUCGUAGCUGACCUAGUUCUCCCACAUUCCUCUUAAACUGUCCGUCGGCUGGUAAUGAAAUAGCUAUGCUAGUAUUUAAUUUUAUGUCUCUCUGUUUAGGUGUUCAUUAACUUUGCAAAGAAUCAGACGGAUGGUGAAGAAAAUGAAGACGUUGCCAGUUACCCGCGUGAGUUCGCGAUCAGCGAACCGCCGUACCGUGACGAGGACGCCGGGCCAAGAGCGUCGUUUGUCCGUUUGUCCGAUUAUCCACGUUUUGGGGAUGUUGAGGUCUGAAUAUCCCUUAAAAAGUUAGAGAGAGCGAAAAAAAGAAAUUCUGAUUCCUCUCCGGAAAUUGCCCUUUCUAGAUCACCGCCAUUUCUUUUCUACCGACAAACAAGCAGUUCAGUUCACAGAAACUGUACGAAAUGUUUCCAUCAAUGGAGGUGUCUCUUUAGUGGGGGAACAUGAACAAAGGUAAUAGAUACAGUUUAGAUAGGAUCAAUGGUUGUGUCCCAUGAACAAAGGUUUUCCGUAAGUAUAAGUGUGUCAAAAGAGAAGUUGCAUUUUAGACUUAACCCUUUAACUCCCAAGAUCUUAUUGUUAAUUCUCCCCUCUUGCUGUUACACAUUUCUUUAUAAAUCGGGAGCAAGAAUUUGGUGAUAGAUCAAGAUAGUGACUUUUACCCGAUGAGUUUGAAUAUUCUCUUCACCUGUUUGCUGGUUACAUCUAUGGAUAUUUUACAGAGUAGUUUCAUGUUAAUCACUUCUGGGAGUUAAAGGUUUAAGACAUUGAAUUGAAUUUGUAGAAGGUAGAAAUAUAGGGUCUGGUGGCUUUUGAAUUUUCGUUUUUACUUUUAAGUACCUAUGCCUUUUAAACGGCAGUCAUUUUUAACUUUGAACCUAUUCUAUCUUGUUUCGUUGUCUGCUAUUUCUUAGUUUGCUGUUAAAAUUUUUACUGCCGAUGUAAUUUGAGCAUUUUUUAAGACGCUUACUGUUAGGUUUAAACUGAUUAAGCUUUUUUUCAAGUUUAAAGAAAUAGUGGAGAAAAGAAAUGAUAAUUGCCUUCAUCGUUAAAUCUAUAAGUUUCCCAAGUUGGAAUCGGUUUACUGUUGUCUAUUUCUAUUCUGACAUCCGCAACAUGUUUCUAUUUUCACAUGCGCAAUGUUAGUGCUCUGGAUGCUCGAUCAAGGCUGAAACUCAAGCGGGAUUCGUAGAGAAAAGCUAAAUGGGUUCAGUCAUCUUUUUUGCUAUAAUGUUUCUAAAUGCAGCGUUGUCUGUUUGUCUCCCAAGCUACUUGACAAAAUAAUGGAGGAUAUCUAAGUUGGGAAGUGGCGACGGCGAAACGAAAAUCCAACAGGGGAGGGGACGGACAAAACACAGAUUCUCGUCUCUCUCCCUUACCCCCUCCCUCUCUCCCCCCCCCCUCUCCUCUCUCCCUGCCCUCCUGCCCUUCGGCUCCGCGGUUGCUUGUUAGGAAUUAUUAAGUUAGGCUGGGACAACUGGAAGCUUUAGGUCUACCGGAUCUGAGGCUACAAGCUCCCGAUGUCUUUUUAACGUAUUCCUUUUGCUCUUAAGGUUAGUAAAUAGCUUGUAAAAUGUAUGUUUUCAAAGAAACGGGUUGCAAAACAACCUUUAAUUUAUUAGACUUAGUACGCCCUCAAUAAAUUUUGAACAUUGGUACCUAGUACACAUCUCGGUAGAAAAAAACAGAGGUAAGCCUGGUAACAACAGUCUGGCACUGUUGUUCUGUAGUUCAGCUUCAUCCGUUUUUUCUGCUGCGAUUAGACUUGGUAACAAGUAGUGUUAUUACAGAUAUAAAUUGUCUAAGAACUUAUUUUGUAAAUGUUUUAUUUUUAGGUAUCUUUAUAUUUGUUGUACUUGUUUU